AUGGCCAAUGAGUACCUCAAUGAACUCAUUCAAAUGAAUCUGGUGCAUGUAAGUCAUAGCGAUCUUCAAGGGCGAGUUAGAAGUUGUCGGGUUCAAGCUCUUGUGCGAGAGUUCAUCAUUUCCAGGUCCGAGGAAAAUAACUUCAGUCUAGUUCUCACAGAAGGAGACAGGAUUGUAGCACCUCUGCCUCCUAGACGCUUAUCUAUCACCAAUUUUAGCAACAAUCCAAUACCCGCAACGACGGACUUAUCUCGUGUUCGCACCCUCAUCUCAUUUGGGAGAGAGAGUUUUAAUCAAUUAAUGUCUGGAAAGCCACUUGACAGCUUCAGGUUUUUAACAGUUUUAGAUCUGGAAGAUGCAGCUUUGGAAUGUUUUCCACAUGAGGUAGAUGCUCUCACACUCCUGAGUUACCUAAGUUUGAGAAAUACAAGGAUCGAAACAGUUCCAAGAUCUAUUGAGAAGCUCCUAAACCUUGUGACUUUGGACCUUAGACAAACAUGUGUCAAGGAGUUGCCCAGGAAGAUCCGUAAACUUCGCAAGUUGAUCUACCUCUUUGUUGACUCGAUCAAUGUGAAUCAGGCUCGUGUGGGAGCAGAGAUGCCUCCAGGAAUUGGAAGGUUAGAAUCUAUAGAGAAGCUGUCACUUGUCAAGGCAAGCAAGAAGAUUAUUAGAGAGUUGGGAAACUUGGUUCAGCUGAGGAAACUGGGGAUCACAGAGCUUGAAAGUGAUCAUGGAAGGGAUUUGUGUGCAUCAAGUGAAAACAUGCUGUAUCUUUCCUCUUUAUAUGUGUCUUCAACAAAUGGAGAGGAGUUUCUUUCUCUAAAUAAUGCCAUUCAAGCUUUGCCUUCGUUACUGGAGCUUCGAUUGGUUGAUGCGUUUAGUGGAGAAGAGUUGAAAUUCAAGCCCAAUUGGUUUCAGAAGCUAGUGAUAUUAGAGAUCGAACAAUUCAAUGAAUUGUGCCAGGUUGUCGUGGAGGAAGAAGCUCUUCCUGAACUUCAGAAGCUAGUUUUAAGAAAAUGCAUGAAAUUGAACAAGGCCCCGGAAGGACUUCACAAGCUCAUCAAAUUGAAAGAAAUUCUUUUGCGUGAUAUGCCUGAGCAUAAGAAUCUCAUUGCAGAGAUUCAUGAAACCAUUGAUAGUGAAAAACGAUCUUCGGAGGCUCGUCACAUCAAAGUCAGUGCUGAUUAA